AUGACAGGGGUUGAAUAUAUCUCGAGUGAUAUGGUUCAGGCAGUGAUUCACAAGGCCGAGUUGAGCCAGCUGAGGGUUGAGUUAACUCCAUGGGAUCUUCAGCUUCUUCUAGUCGGUCCAGUCCAAAAGGGUCUCCUUUUUCCCAAACCACGACAUGAAAACUCCUUUAUCAACCACUUAAAAGCCUCUCUUUCCGACACUCUACUCUACUUUCCACCCCUUUCGGGCCGCCUAGCCACUACCGAACAUGACGACGAAAAGGUUUCGUUUUUCAUCGAUUGUAAUAAUAUCGGGGCCUUGUUUAUCCAUGCUAAAGCAAAUGGAGUGACCAUUUCCGACAUUAUGGAACCUCUUUAUGUUCCGUCGAUUGUUCAUUCGUUUUUCCCACUCAACGGUGUUAAAAACAUAGAGGGCGUUUCUAACCCAUUGCUCGGAGUGCAAGUGACUGAGCUUGUGGAUGGCAUUUUCAUCGGUAUCACGGCGAACCAUUCCGUGGUCGACGGUACAUCCUUUUGGCACUUCUUUAACUCAUGGUCCGCCAUUUCAAGAGGUUUAAUCCACUUACCGAAGCUCCCUGUUUUUCAACGUCGGUUUUUUAAUAGCAUCAAUUUCCCCAUUCAGAUUCCUAAAUCUCAUGUCCAGAAUUUCCAUGACGAUUUUGUUGUGCCACUUUUUAAAGAAAGGGUUUUCCAUUUCUCAAAACAAAGCAUUGUAACCCUCAAAGCAAGAGCCAAUGCAGAGGUCGGCACCGGCACCACCACCACCACUAACCAAAUGGUACAAAUCUCAUCACUUCAAGCACUCUUGUCCCAUCUAUGGCAAUCUAUUAUUCGCAACAAAAAUUUAGAGCCAAAUGAAGACACCCAUUACUGCUUUAUCAUUGGCGGCAGACAAAGAUUACAUGAUUUGCCACAAGAGUAUUUUGGGAAUGUGAUAAAGAUCCAAAAAGUGACGAUGAAAGUUAAACAACUGUUAGAACAAGGAGUAGGUAGCAUAGCAUUGGAAAUGAACAAGGUGAUUGCUGCCAAUACAGGUGAAGAUUUCAACAAGUUCAUUGAGACAUGGAUUGCAAGCCCUGAGCUGUUGAAGAUUUCGGUAUCGAGUCGGAAUUUGAUCACAAGCAGUUCACCUCGGUUCGACAUGUAUGGUAAUGAUUUUGGAUGGGGAAAGCCAAUAGCUGUAAGAUCUGGGUCGGCAAAUAAAUCUGAUGGAAAAAUAACAUUGUAUUGUGGAGCUGAAGAAGGUAGUAUUGAUAUUGAAGUAUGUCUUCCACCUGAGACAUUGAAUGCUUUGGGAAAUGACGAGGAGUUCAUGGAUGCUAUUAUUACCAACUAA